UCCGAGGUGAAUUUUUCUGAUGAAAAAUCAAUUCAAUGUCCUGCUACCCUCAAUAAUGACAGUGGUGCAAACAAAAUGGAAACGUAUGUCAUGCGGUCAGAUAAUUAUGAACGUGUAUGAAUGACCGUGCAUUGCCCGAUUGCGCGGAUCAUCUCAACCAUAAAAGAUAUAAGGCUGCCCCAGCAUAAUGAAGAUUGAACAUGUAGAGGCCGUGUUUACGGAUGAUCAGGGUCAGCCACGGUCCGUUUAUUUCGCUGGACAGACGGUAAACGGAGUACUGAAGUUCCGGGUGGCAGAGGAGUUUCCUGUUAACAGCGUUGUUCUGAAAUGUAAGGGGAAAUCCCACGUGAAAUGGGAGAAUGAUGAUGAUAAAACUAUCCACUAUGACGAACUGUACAUGGAGGAGAAAGUCUAUCUUGUUGGAUCUGAAGACUCUAAUGAUUUUAAACAAGAUCUUCACGUGGGUGAACACACACAUAACUUUUCGUUCAAAUUAAGAGAGGAUUUACCCACAUCCUUUGAAUCCAAACAUGCAUACGUGCGUUAUUUUGUCUGUGCCAAAUUCAGUCGACCUGGCUGGAAGAAAGAUUACGAGUUCCGGGAACCAUUCACAGUGCUGACUAUUAUAGACCUAAACACUAUACCGGAGGCCCAGACACCCGUGCAUUCUACCGAUACUGACACUGUUGGUUGCUGCUGUUGUGCUGAAGGUCCUAUCAGGUCAGAGUUCAAGGUCGACAGGGCUGGUUAUGUCCCGGGGGAAUAUAUUGGCAUUAAUGCUGAAAUCGACAACAGAACCUCCAAGGUGAUGAGCGAGUCAAGGGUGGAGCUAUGGAUGAAACUAAAGCUGAAGGCAGGUUCAGAUAGAAAAACGAAAAAAACCAAGAUAGCUGAAUUGAGACACGGAUCGACAAACCCCGGGGGUCAGGAUAUUUGGAGUCGGGACAGGCUUCAUAUUCCACCCUGUCCUCCAACGCUGAUGGAAGACUGCACAAUUAUUGAUAUUACGUACUACUUACAUUUUGUAGGGGACAUAGGUUUUCUUGGUGUGCUUCAUGAGGUUCCUAUUUUAAUUGGAAGUGUCCCCCUAAGUAAUGUCUACUCUAUGCCAAACAAUUGGGGGUUCAUGCCACCCCCUUCUUUGACCCAACCCCCUACCAUGUCAAAUCCACCCUUGGUGGACCCGGCAGGUAUUUCACUCUCCCCAAUAACCACUCAGCCAGGACUCUUACCAUCUGCUCCUCCACCCAGUUACCAUGAUAGCUUAGAAUUUACAGGAACAAUCGUAACAGAGAAAAAUGAAGGCCAAAAGAAAGAGAAAGCUUUCAAACCAACUUAUAUUUAUUACAAUUUUGGCACAGGUCCUCUUACAAUGUAAAAUCACAUAUUAUGCAAACAAUUGUACAUGUCUAUAAUAUCUCAUAUAAUGUUAUGUCCAUAUUAUAUAAAGUUUUAAACCAACGUAUAUCGUUUACACUUGAAUAUAAUGAAAGUGAUGUUCAGAGUAAAAUAAAAUAAAGAUAAUUUUGAUUCUUAUCAUGCAUGGUUAUGGAAAA